AAUUGUUACUAUGGCAACACAGGUACUAGGGCAGUCUGGUGGCAGCAGCCUGUUCCCUGGCAAUACUAACCUUGGCAUGGCGCUGUCAAACGACAUGUAUGACUUCGGUGAACUUUCUAAAGCUGAGCUGGCAGCUCCUCAGCUUAUUAUGCUGGCAAAUGUUGCCCUGACAGGAGAGGUUAACGGCAACUGUUGUGAUUACAUGGUUGGUGAAGAGAAGCAAAUGGCUGAACUGACAACUGUGGGCAACACCAACUUUUCAGACAGUGACGGAGAAGAUGCAGAUGAUGCAGAUGAUGUGGAGAGUGAUCAUGAAGACCUGGAAGACAUGGAACUGGCAGCCCUUGAAGCCCCUUUGGCCCCUCAUACAGAAACUGCAGAAGCGACUGAAUCUUCUGUUCCUCCAAGCCCGGGCAAAGACAUCCCACAGAAAGCACCAGAGGUCCCAGAUGGUCCAGAGACUGGAGAUGACAAAUGUAAGAGCUCGAAGAACAAGCCGUUCCGUUGUAAGCCUUGUCAAUACGAGACAGAGUCAGAGAAGGAGUUUGUGGAUCACAUCCGGGUACAUGGUGCCAACAGAUUCAUUGUAGAAGAAAAAGCUGAGAAGCACGGCCAGGUUAAAGAAACAGAGUCUAAUGGCACAGAUGAGGUAGAUUUCUCCAAGGGGCCCAUUAGAUGUGAUCGCUGUGGCUAUAACACUAGCAGAUAUGAUCACUAUCUAGCUCACUUGAAGCACCACAACAAAGUAGGAGAAAAUGAGCGGGUCUACAAAUGCACCAUCUGCACAUAUAUGACAGUGAGUGAAUAUCACUGGAAGAAGCAUCUAAGAAAUCAUUUUCCACGGAAAGUAUACACGUGCUCACAGUGCUCCUACUUUUCUGAUAGAAAGAACAACUACAUUCAACAUAUUCGAACUCAUACAGGUGAACGUCCCUAUCGGUGUUCCAUGUGUCCAUACUCCAGUUCUCAGAAGACACAUUUAACCAGGCAUAUGCGUACGCAUUCAGGCGAGAAGCCGUUCAAGUGUGAGCAGUGCAGCUACGUGGCCUCGAACCAGCACGAAGUGACUCGGCAUGCGAGGCAGGUUCACGACGGGCCCAAACCCCUGACCUGCCCCCACUGCGAAUACAAAACGGCCGACCGAAGCAACUUCAAGAAGCACGUUGAGCUCCACGUCAGCCCGCGGCAGUUCCUGUGUCCCGUCUGUGAGUACGCUGCAUCAAAGAAGUGUAACCUGCAGUAUCACAUUAAAUCCAGGCAUCCCGACUGCUGCGGCAUCACGAUGGACGUCUCAAAAGUAAGACUACGGACUAAAAAGAGUGAAGCGAACGCUUCGGAAAACGUUGGUGGUGAUAAUAAAGGGGGACAAGAGAAAACAAAGAAAGAGUCUACUGAAAAGAAGAGCGAGAAGGCUGUAAAAGAAGAGAAGAAGGAGAACCUGUCUAAAGAGAAGAAACCAACUAGCAACAUUGCUACAGGCCAGGUGACGACCCGAAGUCGCAAAACAGUGGCUGAAAAGGAGGCAGUGAAACCUGACAAAACGACCGAGAAGCCUGAUAAAACAAGGAAGCCAAAAAGAAAAGCUGAUGCUUUGCUUUCAAAAAAAGAUCCUGUACAAGACACUGAUGUAAUAGCGAAAAAGAAGAAGAAAACAGAGAAAAAGUCCUCCAAAUGUCAAGACUCUCAAAAGGUUGACAGCAAAUCCGAGGCAGGCAGAAAGCAGAAUUCUUGCCAUAAGAAAAACAAGAAAAAGAAAUCCCAGAAGAGUAAAGCGAGUAAAAACAACAAAACUCCUGACAGCAAACAUGUCCCAGGUGAGGAGCCCGUCUCUGAAGCAAUUCCGGUUACACAAGAUGGAGAAAGUCAGGCAUCUAAUGACCCUUGCAGGGAAAAGCCACUCGCUGAUGCGCCAAAUAAUGGAGAGAAUCAGGGAGUUGUCGGCGAUGCUCUGAAUAACAGAGAGAGCCAGGGACUUGUCCUGAGGGAGAAUCUGCAGGACCCAGAGCCACAGCCUGCUCCGCACGUGGCCAGCACCACGGAGUUAGAGGUGAAAGACCAAGAAAUGCCCCCGGCCGAAGAGGAGGCUGCAGAAGCUUCUCAGAGUGAAGUUGAAACAGAACUACCUCUCAUUCCUGAAGCCAGCUCUGAGGACCUUCCUGAUAGCGCCUCAGAAAAGGAGACCGACGUGCCAAAGGAUGCUUUACCAGAUUCGGCCCAAGAGAUUCAAACCACGCACGGCCGCGAGACGGAGUCGGCAGCUAAUCCUGAUUUGGUUCAGGCAACUCAGCCGAUGGAAAUUUGUGAAGCAGAGACGGUAACUGCCCCACGUCUGGAAGACAACCGUUCUGCAAAAGGGCUGGAGGCUGAAACCCCAGCAGGAGGACCACCGCCAGAAUCGCCAGAGAAAGCUGAGCGGAGUGCUAAAGCAGAGCUGGCUUCGGCGUCUCCCAGUGGCGUAACAGUGAACGAAAGCCAGGAAAUGGACGAGGACGAGGGCAUCCAUAGUCACGACGGCAGCGACAUAAGCGACAACGUGUCGGAAAGGAGCGACGAUUCCGGAUUAAAUGGCGCCCGGUCGGUGCAGGAGGAAACGAGUCAGAAGCCAUCUCAAGCAGUGGCAGAAGCCGAGGCCGUAAAGGAGAACUAUGUGUGUAUAUUUUGUGACCGUUCUUUUAACAAAGAAAGUGAAUACAGUAAGCACCUGAACCGUCAUUUGGUGAACGUGUACUAUCUCGAGAAGGCUACGAAAGGGCAAGCUUAACCAAACUG